GUGUGGUCUGGAGUCUCUGUCCUGUGGGUGUCGGUGCUGGCGUAGUAGGCCCGUGGAGUCUCGGGGGUCGGCGGUGCACACUUGACUGUGAAAUAGACGAGGACCGGAUUGGUUUGGUUGGUGCUGUGGUUCGCGUGGGCAGGACGGGCCGGACAGCUGGCUGGGUCCUCGCUCAGGUGAGAGCGAGAGGGACGAUACUGUGCGAGAGAGGCCGGGUGCGGGUGCGUCGUUGUUUGGAUGCCGCUGUUUCAAAGUGGUGGCUUUUGGUAUUUUUUGAGGGGGGUUUUUGAGAGGAGAGAAUUGACGGGAUUCGCUUCACAGUCCGGAUUUGUGAGAGGCCGUCAUACGGAAUGGGUUCUCAUGCCGUUUAUUAAAUCUAGCCCGCACCAAAUUUGACAAAUAAACAGCCUCAUGGGACGCCUAAGAAAACCUGUAAAGGGGAGAAUUGACUGAAACCACUGGAUCAAACCGAUACGUCUCAGUGAUGGCUUCCGACAUGUGGUCUGAUCCGUGUGUCUCUGUGUGUCCUCUCUCCCCUUCAGUCACCCCAGAGGCCAUCGGCUUCCUAUCAGCUGUGGGGGUCUUCGUCGUGCUUCUGGCCAUCCUCUUCCUCUUCAUCAAUAAGAAGCUGUGCUUCGCCCGCGUCGGAGGGCUGCCCUGCUUCGAGCAGGCCGGCCGCCGCAAGCGCAAGGACAGAGCUGGCAUACACCAGGGCCUGGUGAACAGUUACGGCGAUGACGACGAGGUCUCCAGCUCCUCGGACAGCGAGGACGAGAUCGUGAAGCGCUUUGAGAUCUCUGUUUCUCGUUCGCAAAGCUUUCGCUCGGGAGCCACAGAGGUCAGCGGACAAAGCGCCCCAGGACGGCAUCAUAAGUUUGAGAGACUUAUCUCAGAUCAGGAGGAGGGAAGCACUGAGCCUUCUGACUGCGAAGACGCUGACCAUGUGAGCGUGCAGAGUUUCCAGGACCCUCUGUCUCACCAGGGUCACGACAAGGCUGGACGGCGGGAUCCCCUCUCUCAGACGCUCGUCUGUGAGGACUGCACUCCCGCUGACCCUCUGUCUGCGGGUGCGGACACGGCCUCCGUGGGCUCGCGAGGCUUGGGGGACAGGCCAGGGGCCCUCCCCAGGGAGGAGAGGCGACGGCUGGGGAGUGCAGGCCGCAGGACUCCCCGUCCGAGUCCAGAACUGGACGCAGCAGUGGACAAUCACAGCUAUGACAACAACGAAGCAACUGAUAGCUCCUCCACCUGGAGCCCCGAGCCAAAAUGGGCAAAUUGUUUGCGCGUAUUUGAAAAUCAGCAGGAGCGUGCAGGCAGUAGGAGUUCUCUCUCCCGCCCCCCAAGUGCAUCACUCAAUCUCCGCCCCCCAAUCUCCAAAUGCGGCGACCUUGUCGUUGUCCUCGACUACCGACCUGACACUUUCAAGCUCCUGGUCACCGUGGUGACAGCCCAGGGCAUCCCUGACAAGGGCCGAAGUGGCAUGGACUCCUGGCAAGUGCAUGUGGCCCUGUUGCCAGGGAAACGGCAGCGCUACAAGACUGCUGUGCAGAGGGGCGUGGCACCGCGGUUCGGUGAGACAUUCCGCUUCUCGCGACUCGAACCAGGUGACCUGACCUCGUUGGCGCUGCGGUUCCGGCUGUAUGCUCAGGGGAAAAUGAACAGGGAGAGGAUGAUGGGAGAGGCCAUCUACAGACUCAACAAACUCAACACUGACACAACACCGACCGAGGCCAUACUAGUGCUGGAACCACGCAGUGACAUGAAGGCUCUGGACUCCCACACGUCCUCACCUGCUCAGAGUGCCUCCACACAGUCCCUGACCCACGGUGGGGUUCCUGAGCUGCUGCUGGGACUGGCCUACAAUGCCACCACCGGCCGCCUCUCCGUGGAGCUCAUCAAAGGGAGUCACUUCCGCAACCUAGCAUUCAACCGGCCUCCAGACACCUACGGCAAGCUGUCGCUGCUCAACUCCAUGGGCCAGGAGAUCUCGCGGUGCAAGACAUCACUGCGGCGGGGCCAGCCCAACCCGGUCUUCAAGGAGACCUUCGUCUUCCAGGUGGCCCUCUUCCAGCUGUGCGACGUCACUCUCCUGGUGUCAGUGUACAGCCGCCGUGGAAUGAAGCGCAAAGAGAUGGUGGGAUGGCUGGCGCUUGGCCAGAACAGCAGCGGCGAGGAGGAGGCGCUGCACUGGCGGGACAUGCGGGAGGGCGGCAACCAGCAGGUCUGCAGAUGGCACACACUCCUGGAGGCAUAGGGUGGACAGGGGCAGGGCAGGGAUGAGUGGGUGUGUACAAGGGGGUGGGGAUAUGGGUAAGGGUGAGAAACGAGGGGAAGCAGAGAGGGCGUAAGAAAUGGACGGAUUGCUGACAGCGGACACGGAUGAGCGGGAAACAUCAGGAAAUGCCAGAUGUUCCUGGCAGUCUACAGAGAACCUGUGGUGGGGAGGGGAGGAGAAGAGCUAAUGGUUAGAGGUUCGCCAUUUAAGAGGCAGUAGUGCUUCUUCUCUCAAGCCUGAAACGGUUUCCCAAGUUACAUGUCUGCAUGGCUGAAGUUAUGUUAAAGUGGCUUCGACUUUGGCAGCGUCUGUCUAGCACGCUGGUAAGAUGCCCUCUGUAAGAGCGUGCCUGACUUUGCAGUUGAAUUGUGGAUUGUGGGUGUUAGGUAAGAUCAUAGUUCUUGAAAUCUGCCUGGAGUCUCUAGUACUCCCAGGGGGAAUUUGCUUCGACAUGCAUGUUUGCCCCCUGCAAAAGUUUCUUUCUGUAAGGCAUCUGUGGUGUAAUUUGCACUUUAAAUGAUCAGAAUUACAUGCCUACAUACUGCAGAAAGGCUUGUGGUAUAUUGAAACACAGUGAUAUGACAUACAUAAAGGUUGACCUAUAUUAUUUUGACCAAAAUUCUUUACAGUUGUUAAAUCAUAUGAACGCUGAGAUUAAUUAAAUUGUCCUCAGAACUCUCAUCUGGAACAUCUGUGAUUAGUUGUAAAUCUUGCAGCUCACAAUAAUAAAAAAAAGUGUUUUGUUAGCUGACUUGCUCGCAAAUUGCAGUCUUGUGUGAUUUCAGAAUUGCAAAGGCCAGUAUUGCGAUAAUGACUGACAACCAAUAUAUUGCACAGCCCUAGCUUAGAUGUCAGCAGACUUGGCUUUCAUGAUGACUGUUUUGCAACAAUACUAUCAUGCUUGCUAGGCACGGUAAUAGUUCACAGUUGCAUGCUUACCACCUGGGGCAAAAUGAGGUGAAUUCAAUGUAAUGCUUGCUACAUAGUCCCUCAUAUGCCUGCAGUGUUUAUCCUGGCAAGUUUAUCAAUGACCACUAGAGAGCAGUAGCGAGAAGCCACAAACUUAUAGCUACCACGUAAGCUACCUAAUUCUUAACAAACUCAACUUUUUCUUCAGCUGAAGCUCACUGUGAAAGUAAGGCACUGAGGAAGAUCUUAUUUUGCCUUGAAGCUUCUUAUGUCAACUGUAUGAAAUAUUUCAUUUACGUUAAAGAAACAGCACUGCCGCACUGUAUUCACAGUCUUGCUUCAUAUUAUGAUUAUUCAGUUGUACCUUAUAAGAACUGUUCCUUGGAAAGGUCAUAAGGGAUAAUUCACACAAAGCGCUCCUGUUUAAAUCUCAUAUCACACUCAUUAGCUGUGUCCAAAUUCACACCCUACUUACUGUUUAGUGUUCUAUUUAGAGUGUCAGCCAUUUUGUGGUGUUGUCCAAAUUCUCAGUGGAUAAUUCAGAUUCUCUUUAUAGUUCACUAUAUUGUUACCCAUAGUGCAUUGUAAAUGUAGUGAACAAUCGAUGUACACUGCUUAAGGGAAAAGGUACCACAGCGCAUAGUGGUUUCCUAUGGCAGAUGUUAGCGCUGUAAGGACUGUGUAAUGGACAGAAUAAACAAAGCUCGUGUUCAAGAAAUAAGCAUUACAGUAUUUCACUCAGUAGUUUUUACUGAUAAAAUGUGAAGUUGGACAGAGCUGUAGAGCUAGGUAUUACUAAAGUCACAACAUCACACUGCUAAACUGCUGUACUUUAAUGUGUCGUGAUUGUACCGCUAGUCUACUUAUUGUUGAUGUUCUAGGUAGUUUAUGUGAUGAAAUGUCACAGUGAUAUAUUUCUUGUGCACAAUAACAUUGUUAAAAUUCUGUCUGUUUUCUCCCUUAUGGGUACCCUAUGUAAUGUUCUAUAUAGAGCGGUCUAUGCGCUGAUUGGUGAAUUUGUAAACGACCAGCCCAUUUCGGACAAAACUUCAGAUUUGUGACUGCUUGCUUCCAAAUAACCCCGUAAAAUGCAUAAAUGCUGCAUAAACUUGCAAAGCACCACUGUUGCGAUCUGAAGCUUCCACGCCUCUCCACCGGCGAUGUGCAUUCGUUAGAUUUGGAGUACUUUUUGACCAUGAGACCCGUAGGACAUCACCUUGCAGAACCAUCAUGAGAACACAGCGUCGACUUUAGUAGCGACAAAAUUUGAGACUUCUGUUGCUUUCUUUUCUGUUCUGGACUGAGCACUAUCUACAAGGGGAUCCAGGAGCGUAGGUGGUGGUCAGGGACAGUGGCCCAGCCUCGACCAGAUGCAGAUCCACUGUAUUGGGCAGCCUGCUGUGGUUCCUGCCCUGACCCAUGAGCCUUGUCUGGGGCUUCAACAUCUUGAGCACACAGAGGAAUGAUUUUCUCCAGCGCUCUUAAUUCUGGUGUUUAACCAUAUCAAAGACUCUGAAAAAAUUAGACCAAUGUAUCCACGAGAAUUAUACAAAAAGAAGAAUGAUUAGGCAAAAAUGAGAAAACAAUUUCACAUGUGCUACAGCUUUCUGUAAGAUGUAAUACUCAAUGUAAUACUCUAGUAAUGGAUUGUAAAAGUUGUAAUGCACAUUAUAUAUAUUGUGAUUGCUUUUACAAACAUGCAGACCUCCAACUGCCCUUAAA